AAUUUCUACCCGAACACCCGCUUUGUAAGACUAAUUUCGAUUCAUUUUGAAGGGAUUGCCUCUUUUGUCCUGAUUAGCCGAACUAUUUUUGUUUACAAAAAGGUGGUCAAUGAAGUGAGUUUUCAUAGGUUGUCAUUUCUGUCAUAAACAUAAACGUGGCUUAUAAAAUUACACUUUAGAAAAAAAACAUAAAACAUGAUGCAAGUGGUAUGGAACUGUGGUCUUGUUUUUGUCGCUUUGGCCUGUACCGUCAAAGGGUCAGUGAAAAAAGGAGUUGUACAUUGGGCUGACAGCUAUGAAUGCGAUGAUUUUAAAGUUUUAGACAACAUUAAUUGGUGGUAUGACUUCAGAAUGAAUCUUGACUAUUUCCACAAGAACGACAUUUGUACAUCCAGCGUUGAUACUUAUUUGUAUAACUAUGUCCCCAUGGUUUGGGGAUAUUGGAGAGAUACUGUGAUUAACCUUCCGGACGAGUCACAACAGUUUGUCCUUGGUUUCAAUGAGCCAAAUCACAAGAAACAAUCAAAUAUGUCACCUGAGAAAGCUGCUGCUGCGUGGAAAGAAGUUGAAAAGAAUUCUGAUGGAAGAAAGCUUGUGAGCCCUUCAGCUGCCCCUUGCGGUUAUGAGUGUAAUGUCAACGACUUUGAAUGGUUCGAUAAGUUUUUCGAGCUUUGCAAAGAUUGUAGAGUGGAUUACCUAGCGGCACACACGUAUUGGUGUGACCCUGGUAAAGUGAUGAAUUACUUGUGGCAACUCUUCAAAAGAUACAAUCGAAAGAUUUGGCUCACUGAGUUUGCUUGUGGCCAAACAACAUAUGAGAUGGAACAAUUAGAUUUUAUGGAACAAAUACUACCAGCGCUGGAGGACGCCGAUUUUGUUUUCAGAUAUUCCUGGUAUUCAGCAAGAAUAAAGACGUCUGGAUUUGUUACCACAUCUGCAAGUCUAUUAAAACCCGACCGUUCAGAACUUACCACUUUGGGACGUUUCUACAACGAUUUUCAAGGAUCGUCAAGCGAGAUUUCUACUUCUCCAGAGCCACAGAUUACCACAGCAGCCGAUGUAAAUGUGGUAGGCAGGGAUGAAACGCUCCUUAUAUUAAAAUCUUUCACUUCAAACCCAACCAAAUGGGGGAAGAUUCUCAAUUUUAUGAAGAAAAACUCAUAUACGCUGUCAGAUGCUGUACAAGAUGUAUACGGGACUUCGUCAAAAAGAGACAUAAAAGAGCGGAUUAAAAACCGGUUCAUCGAGGUGUUGUGUACCAAUGUUGAAGAUUUGCAGGACACGGAUGUGAGGUUCCUAGUUGAGAAGAUUAAAGAUAUGCCUCUAGAAGGGAAGAAAGGUAAAGGUAAAACAAAUGCGGGAGAGCUACGCGUUCCAAAAUGCUGAAGAACAGAGUGCAAUUUGUACCUAUUUCAUGUUUUAUUCCAAUGAGGCAAUGUUGUACAAUUGUAGUAAAUAAAACUUAUUAAUAGCUUUCACCCUCAUUACUUUGAACGUUGAAGUCAUACCUUUUCCACUGAAAUUAUGUGUUAGAGAUAGGCAAACGAUUUCUGGCAAAUUUGAGUGAGAUAUUUUGGACAAAAGUUGGAAAGUGUUUCUUCCAGCGUACUGUAUUCUGACCCUUUGCCGGACAGGACCAUGUGCCGGAAAUUUUUUUCUUUUUUCAUGUUUGAUAGAAUGCAUUUGGUUAUAAAAUGUCUUUUUAAGGACAACUUUUAGAGAAAUAUACAG